ACACUGAGGAGCUGGCGAGAAGCGCGCAUAGGUAUAUAGCGAGCUGAUUGGUGACAAUGGUGACGUAGUACACGCCGGGUAUAUCUAUAGUGUGCGAUGUAUAUAUAUGUAUAUGCGUGGGUUACAUAUAGGAGAGGAUUGGGUUGCGAAAGAAAAUAACCCGGAGGACCAGAGCGCGAGCAACUUCAGGUGAUUCCUCCGCCCCCCGAGAAGUUCGCUCGAGCCAUCUGAAGUGGCGCGCCAAUCGAUAGUAAUCAUAUGACCCGAUCCGCUGAUCUCCUCUCGGCUCGUGGGCGUUUUUGUUUCGCACAGUGAUUUCGGAGCAACAAAAUACAUGCAAAUUCCUCAUCGAAGCCAGUGAGAGCUGUUGUGCAAGAAAUCUGUCGACGGGCUAUAAGUCGAGGAAAUCGUAACCAUGAAGGUCUGCGGUCCAAAGUACGCCCUUUGCGGUCUCGUCAUCUCCGUCUGGGGCAUCAUUCAACUUGUCUUAAUGGGCAUUUUCUUUUACAUUAAAAGCGUUGCCCUGAUUGAAGAUCUUCCUCUGGAAGAUAGCUACUUUGAAAAACCCGAAGACUUCUACAUGGCAGCAGACAGCGGAUUCACAAGAAAUGCAUACAACUGUUGGAUAGCUGCUUGUAUCUACAUACUCACAUUCUUGUUUUCUGGACAUCAGUUCUACCUGAACUCAAGAUCGUCCCUCAGUGUCUGAUUGACAAAAUUAUAUUACACUGCAACCUGUUGAUUUUUUCAUGAAAGAGAAUGAAGCUCGUUAAAUUAAUGUUCAUAUAUUUAUUCCAGUCGAGUCGAUCAGUAUUUUUGUGCGUUCUCGUUCAAGGUAUAGGCAAAACUUGAUUUUAAUAUAAGUUACACCUUGUACAAUAACUGUACCGAAUGCCUGUUAUUAUGUUGAUGUAAAUAUGCAUGUAGUUCAAGGUUCAAAUAAUUUAGGAUAAUUCAUUGUCAGAGGAAUUAUAUUGGAAAAAUGUAGAAAUUGAUCAAUAUCUUUUUUGACAUGAAAAUAUAUUACAAUUUUGUUUCAAGAUAAACCAUAUGUACAUUAUAAAAAUAUCAAAUAAAAUUUUGUGACAAGAAACUAAUAAAAUCUGUGUAUUGUA